AUUCCUUUUAAUCCUUUUUGUUAAUGCCAGUGUUUAAGGCUACUAAACCCAUCUGAUCUGAAGUUUAAAAAGCAGAGUUGUUCCAUUUCCAGAAAGAAGUCUUGCAAAUCAAAGCCACGAGCUUUCGCUUCUCCCACCGGAAAGUCUCUUCCUUUAUUCCCUUAACUCGAUCUUGGCCUUUUCGUGUCUCUGUCUUGUUUUGAUUAUCAGUUAAUAUCACAAGUGGGUUUCCCUUCAAUGGCUGGGAACGAUGAAGUUAAUCUCAUUGAGAGCAGAACAGUGGUUCCUCUCAAUACAUGGGUUCUAAUCUCAAACUUCAAACUAGCCUACACUCUCCUCCGUCGACCAGAUGGAACCAUAAACCGACACUUAGCCGAGUUUCUUGACCGUAAAGUCACCGCAAACGCCAACCCUGUCAACGGAGUUUUCUCAUUCGAUGUCAUAAUAGAUAGAAGUAUCAAUCUCCUAAGCAGAGUCUACAGACCAGCUUAUGCAGAGGGACCUAGACCUAGUGUGUUAGAUCUCGAGAAGCCAGUAGAUAGCGAGGUUGUCCCUGUUAUAUUAUUCUUCCAUGGAGGCAGCUUCGCUCACUCCUCAGCCAACAGUGCUAUCUACGACACGCUUUGUCGCAGACUCGUUGGUGUAUGCAAAUGCGUUGUUGUCUCAGUGAACUAUCGCCGAGCACCAGAGCAUCCUUACCCUUGUGCUUACGACGAUGGCUGGAUUGCUCUCAACUGGGUCAGCUCAAGAACUUGGCUCAAGUCCAAGAAAGACUCAAAGGUUCAUAUCUUCUUGGCGGGAGAUAGUUCAGGAGGGAACAUAGCUCAUAACGUGGCUUUAAAAGCGGGUGAAGCGGGUUUAAUAAACGUUUUGGGAAACGUUUUGCUUAAUCCUAUGUUUGGUGGAGAGGAGAGGACUGAGUCUGAGAAACGUUUGGAUGGGAAGUACUUUGUGACGGUUAGAGAUCGUGAUUGGUAUUGGAAAGCUUUUUUGCCUCAAGGGGAAGAUAGAGAGCAUCCUGCUUGUAACCCGUUUAGUUUGAGAGGGAAGAGCUUACGAGGGUUGUGUUUUCCUAAGAGUCUUGUGGUUGUGGCGGGUUUGGAUUUGAUUCGAGAUUGGCAGUUAGGUUAUGUUGAAGGGCUUAAGAAAGCUGGUCAUGAGGUUAAGCUUAUGCAUUUGGAGAAAGCUACUGUUGGGUUCUACCUUUUGCCUAAUAACGUUCAUUUUCAUAAUGUUAUGGAUGAGGUUUCUGCGUUUGUAAACGCGGAAAAUUGA